AUGCAUUUCUCCUCCGUUCUCCUUCGGAAUCGAUUAAAGCCCGUACUCAAAACUCUCUGCCACAGCCAAAUUUUCCUCCGCCAAAUGGGCGGUGGCCCGCGCACCUUCCCGGGCGGUCUCAACAAAUGGCAGUGGAAGCGAAUGCACGAGAAAAAAGCUCGGGAGAAGGAGAAACGCCUCCUUGAGCAAGAAAAGCAAGUCUACCAGGCCCGAGUACGGUCUGAAAUCCGGGCCAAGCUCGCUAGUGCUGAGAAGCCGGGUUCUCAAAAGCCCGAUCAAAACCAGCACAAUUAUGGGCCGUUAUCUCCCCAAGACCACAUCAAGGCCCUCGCUGAUCGGUUCAUGAAGGAGGGCGCUGAAGAUUUGUGGAAUGAAUGUGAUGGCCCUGUUAAGACUCCGGUGCCUAAGCCGCCGAAAAGCCAGGUUUUUGGUGAGCCUAUUAACUUGCAGAAACUGAUUUUGGAGAAAUCGCGUACAAGUGUUAAGAAAGAGAAUGGUUUGGGCGAACUUUCGGGGAAUUUUAGUGGAUUCUCUAAAUCAAGGAAUUUUUCUACUCAUACCGUGUGGGGUAGUAAUUUUAUGGGGAAUCGCUGGAAUGAGUAUUCAAGAAAAAUGCAUUCUAGAAUUGGUUUAUUGGAUUAUAGUUAUAGAAGUGGGAUUUUAUUGAGUACAAAUAAUUUAAUAAAUUUGAGGCAUUAUUAUUCUGUGGAUGUGGGUACUACAAUGAGAAGUAAAAGGUUGAAUUUUACAAGUAAUAACAGUUUAACAAGCAAAGACGGUGCAGUUUCGAAAGAAGGGUCCUCUGGUGGGAGGAGAGUGAGAUGGCCGAGGUUUCGUGGUAAUAAAAUGGAAUCAUCGGAUGAUGACGACACCGAUGAUUAUGAUGAUGAGGAGGAGGAAAUGGAAAGUAGAGGUAGAAGGAUUGUUGGUAGCAGUGCAGCAUUGGGAAAAUACGACAUGAAGACCAAGAAGCGAGUACCUUUGAAGUUUCUGGAAGAAGAGAAUGAUUUAUCUCAGCAAGUUGAUGCAAUCAGGGAGCAGUUCAGCAAGAGGAGUUUAGAGGAAGAUGGAGGAGAAAAGGACGAAGAGGAAUCCCUUCUUAGUUCAAAAAGGUUUGAUGAGUGUGAUAUAUCUUCUUUGUCCAUCCGAGCACUUGCUGAGGCAGGCUAUUUGCAAAUGACCAGGGUCCAAGAUGCUACACUUUCUGCUUGCCUCGAGGGUAAGGAUGCUUUAGUCAAAGCCAGAACUGGCACGGGCAAAAGUGUUGCUUUUCUGCUUCCUGCUAUUGAAACAGUUCUGAAGGCAUCACGUAGUAAAAUAGAUCAGCGGGUCCCACGAUCCCCACCUGUAUAUGUUCUUAUUAUCUGUCCCACAAGAGAACUUGCAAGUCAAAUUGCAGCAGAAGCAAAUGUUCUCCUGAAGUACCAUGAAGGAAUUGGUGUGCAAACCCUAGUUGGAGGAACACGAUUUAAAGUUGAUCAAAAACACCUAGAAUCAGAUCCAUGUCAGAUUAUUGUUGCAACUCCUGGUAGAUUGUUGGAUCACGUUGAAAACAAGUCUGGCUUGUCUGUGCGGUUGAUGGGACUGAAGAUGCUUAUACUCGAUGAGGCAGAUCACUUGCUAGACCUUGGAUUCCGAAAGGAUAUGGAGAAAAUUGUUGAUUGUUUGCCACGCCGGAGGCAGUCUUUACUCUUUUCUGCUACAAUCCCGAAGGAGGUCCGUCGAAUAUCUCAACUUGUUCUGAAAAGGGAACAUGCCUACAUUAAUACAGUGGGCAUUGGUUGUUUGGAAACUCAUUCUAAGGUUAAGCAAUUAUUUUAUGUGGCGCCACAUGAACAGCAUUUUCAAAUAGUACACCAUCUUAUAAGGAGCCAUAUAUCUCAAGUACUUGGUUACAAGGUUAUUGUUUUCUGCACAACAGCAAUGAUGACAUCCCUCAUGUUUUCCCUUUUGCGGGAGAUGAAAUUGAAUGUCAGAGAGAUUCAUUCCAAAAAGCCUCAAUCCUAUCGUACUAGAAUAUCUGAUGAAUUCAAGGAAUCAAAAGAAUUGAUUCUGAUAACAUCUGAUGUUUCAGCUCGAGGGAUGAAUUAUCCUGAUGUUACUCUGGUUAUUCAGGUGGGUGUACCCUCAGAUCGAGAACAAUAUAUUCAUCGUCUUGGAAGAACAGGGCGGCAGGGGAAAGAAGGCGAAGGAAUUCUAUUGCUUGCACCCUGGGAACAAUUUUUCAUGGAUGAUAUUAAGGACCUUCCCAUUGAGAAAUGCGCUUCGCCACAUUUGGAUCCUGAUGCAAUAGUAAAGAUGGAAGAUUCAAUGAAAAAGAUUGAUUCUAGUGUUAAGGAAGCAGCUUAUCAUGCUUGGCUCGGUUAUUAUAACUCGAUUAAUGAAAUUGGCAGAGACAAAACCUCACUUGUUGAGUUAGCCAACCAGUUUUCGCAAUCUAUUUGUUUAGAAAAGCCACCUGCACUCUUCCGAAAGACAGCGUUAAAGAUGGGAUUGAAAAAUAUUCCUGGCAUUCGAAUACGGAAGUAG